AGUACGGCGAGCGCCAAUCGAGUCUCUUAUUUGUCUUUUCAAUCAGUUUGGUUUCUACCCCUGUUAUCUCAAUUCUUUUUGGAAGAAAGAAGGUCUCUUUCUUGUUUAUUUGUCUCUCCGUGAGGCCUUCCGAUCUGCAUUUAUGUCUGUAGUGUUCUGGGAGAAAUGCGAAACGAGGCGGCAAUGCAGAUCUUGAUGAGGAGGAUUGCUUGUGGCACUGUAUUGAGUUCCUAAGCGUGAGGUCUGGGGUUUAAGGGAUCUUUUAUGGCUUGCUAUGGUUUCAUUCUCGGUUCUGGAUCUCAUGGACCAGAACAAAUGGAGGUGUCUUCAAUCCGUAUCGAAAAAAACUGCUUUUAGUGACGCCACUCGUUCAGUAGUUGACUGAGAAGUCUGAUUUAACGACACAGAGAUCUUUUCUUCCCUGGGUCACAUGGUAGGGUUCUCUGUCUCGUUUCUCCAUCACAGGCUUUCUCUUUCACCGUUAGUCGUUACGAGAACUUGUACUGCUACCUCGGGGAGGGAUAUUAUCUCCAGCGCAAGAGUCGACAAAAGGUGUUCCUCUUUCUCGUCGGAAACAUGAGAACAGAGCCCGGUAGAAUUCCCAAGUCAUCCUCUUGGCCGAAGACGGUGGUGAGGAAAUGGUUCAACCUAAAGAGCGCGAAGUUCCAUUCCGACUGCAGCAGAGAGAGAUUGGGAGGAGGGGUACAGGAAAGAAGAAGGAAGAGCUGUUCGGACAAGGACGGCAGCCUUCGUAUGAGAAGGGAUUUUUCAGGUGGGUGGUUGGUGGAAAGCUCCGAAAAUCUUAAACCGCCCCGAUUCGGAGCUGAUACGACAGUCGGUUCUUCACCUCCUGCUACAAAUCUCAGGAUGUUCGUGGGGACGUGGAACGUUGGAGGAAGAGCGCCCCACGGGGGGCUCAACUUGAAAGAUUGGCUUAUGAGCACGCCUCUCCCCGCCGACAUCUAUGUCCUCGGGUUCCAGGAGAUCGUCCCAUUGAACGCCGGCAACGUGUUGGGCGCCGAGGACAAGGGCCCCGCCUACAGGUGGCUCUCCCUCAUUCGCCAAGCCCUCAAGGGCCCCACACUCGCCCGUAACUCCGAGCCGGCUCAGAAGCCGAGGGUCAGCUUCUCGGAUCUCCUCUUCAUGGAGGACGACGAGGGAGGAUACGAGGAGGAGGGAGGAGGAUACGACGAGGAACCGCUCGACUCUUCUCUGAGCGGCCACUGCCUCGCGGCGAGCAAGCAGAUGGUGGGGAUUUUCCUGUGCGUGUGGGUCCGGGCGGCGCUCAUGCCGCACGUGUCCAGCGUCAAAGUCUCCUGCGUGGGGAGGGGCAUCAUGGGCUACAUGGGAAAUAAGGGAUCGAUUUCAAUCAGCAUGACUCUCCGGAGGACCACGUUCUGCUUCGUUUGCACUCAUUUAGCAUCAGGAGAGAAGGACGGCGAUGAGGUGCGGAGGAACUCGGAUGUCAUGGAGAUUCUCAAGAGGACUAGAUUCCCUCGGUCUCAUGGAUUUUCCGGUCCGGGGGCAGCGUCACCGGAAACCAUCUUGGAACACGACAAGAUUAUAUGGCUCGGAGAUCUUAACUAUCGACUGGCUACGAGCUGCAGCGACACACAUGAACUGCUGCAGAGGAACGACUGGGAAGCCCUGCUGGAGAAAGAUCAACUUAGGAUUGAGCAGAGAGCCGGUCGCGUAUUUGCUGGAUGGGAGGAAGGGAGAAUAUUUUUCCCUCCGACUUAUAAAUAUUUGGCUAAUUCUGACGUUUAUGCCGUCAACCCCACCAAAUCUAGAGAGAAGAGACGCACUCCGGCUUGGUGCGACCGGAUACUGUGGCGAGGGAAGGGGAUGAAGCAGAUAUGGUACGUGAGAGGGGAGUCGCGCUUCUCCGACCACAGGCCCGUCUACUCCCUGUUCUCCGUACAGCUGGACGACCACGUGGUCGAAGCUGAGCAAGACCGGGACGGCGCAAGUAACGACCAAAGCAAGGACCUCGCGAGAACCAGCACAACCGCACCCAAUGAUCCCAACGCUAGUAGCGGCAGCAGUUCGUCGUCGUCAUCAUGGGGGAAGGUCGAGGCAGAAGAGCUGCUCCUCCUAAGCAGGACACAAAGCUGUUUGGAGGCAUCCAGAUUCUGACCAGUGACCACCACCAACUCCAUAUUUUACUCUCUCUUUUUUUAACACACAAGAAUCUCAUUCUUUUCUUCAACAACUAGCAAAGCAAAAAGGAAGGAACACCAGCAGCAGCAGCAGCAGCAGUAGCAGCAGCAUUAGAAGGAAGAAGACGAAAAGACAAGAUAGGGAAAGCAAAGACUGCUCCUUGAAAAGCGAAGGUUCGUUUUAGCCGCUGCGGGGGCGUGCCCUGUUCUCUGUUUUUUUUGUUUUUUUUUUCUCUCUUCCUCGGUGGGUAGCAGCAGCAGCAGCAGCAGCAGCCAGCAGCAGCCUUUGGUUUCUUGUAGCUGGUGUCCUUUGAUUCGGUUAGCCAAUUAGCCCAAAUCCGCGUGCCGGGUGUGGGGCGCGUGCGCGGCAGCCUUGGUCACGUGCACAGAGUCGGAGAGCAGUGGCAUGAGAAAUGUUUGUUAAAAAUGGUUUUGGGAGUUUAAUUAUGGCAGCCACCAACCGAAGUGACAGGACUGUGAUGAUGGUCAAGCGAGGGGGAAAGAGGGCUUCCAAAAUGGACAAAUGUGAUAGGUUAGGUGACAGCUUUUCUCGUUUUUGUUCUUUCUUUUUUGAUUUUAGGUCUGUUGGGUGGGGUAGCUAAAUGAAGAGUAUGUUUUGUUUGUAUUUUCAUUCCUUUGAUUUAUUGUAUUUGUUUUGGCACUAUACAUUGUUUUGUUCGAAAAGAUACAAGGGAAUACCUUGAUCUCUUUUCUUUGGAGAGAGAGAAUGGAUGGUCUGCACCUUUUGAAGGUGCAUAGCUUUUGUU